AUGGAUGGUGAGCUGACAAAACAUACAGGUGCUGAUACCAUUCGUAUACUUGUCGCCACAGACAGUCAUGUCGGUUACAACGAACGCGAUGCGUACCGCCAGGACGACAGCUGGAAGACCUUCGACGAAGUGAUGUCUCUGGCGAAGGAGCAUGACGUCGAUAUGGUCUUGCACGCUGGAGACCUUUUCCACGAAAACAAGCCGUCACGGAAGUCGAUGUACCAUGUCAUGCGCUCGAUUCGUCAGAAUUGUCUGGGAGAGAAGCCUUGCGAGCUGGAAAUGCUGAGCGACGCAAGCGAGAACUUCGGCGGCAUCUUCGACCAUGUGAACUACGAAGACGAGGAUAUAAAUGUCGCCAUACCGGUAUUCGCAAUUCACGGCAACCACGAUGAUCCUUCCGGUGAAGGAUCGUUCUCACCACUGGACCUAUUGCAAGCGUCUGGUCUGGUCAACUACUUUGGACGAACUCCAGAAGUUGAUAAGAUUGCGGUCAAGCCAGUGCUCCUUCAGAAAGGUCGUACAAAGCUCGCGCUGUAUGGACUCAGUAACGUCCGUGACGAACGAUUGUUUCAUACAUGGCGAGACGGCAACGUCAAGUUCUUCCAACCUGGUAUACAGAAGGAUGAGUGGUUCAACAUCAUGAGUGUCCAUCAGAACCAUCAUGCGCACACACCCACCAGCUACUUGCCGGAAAACUUCCUGCCUGACUUCAUGGACCUUGUCGUCUGGGGUCACGAGCACGAGUGCCUGAUUGACCCGCGCUACAACCCUGAAAUGGGCUUUCAUGUUAUGCAGCCAGGGUCCUCUGUUGCCACCUCAUUGAUGCCUGGAGAAGCCGUACCGAAGCAUGUUGCUAUUCUGAGUAUCACUGGAAAGGAGUUUACAUCGGAAAGCAUACGCCUGAAGUCGGUUCGUCCCUUCAUCAUGAAGGAGAUCGUGUUGGCGGAGGAGAAGGAAAUCAAGGAAAAAGAGCUUUGGCGAAUAUCGGACAAUCGCGCAAAGAUUACACAACAUCUCAACCAAAUUGUCGAGGAUCUUAUCGAAGAAGCUAAGAGAGAGUGGCUCGAGCUUCAGGACGAUCGCGAUGAGAAUGAGGAAGUAGAAGUUCCUCGGCCUCUGGUGCGCCUGCGCGUGGAAUACACAGCGCCUCAACCGGGCGAGUUCAACGUCGAGAACCCACAGCGCUUCUCGAAUCGAUUUAUGGACCGCGUCGCCAACGUGAACGAUAUCGUUCAAUUCCACCGCAAGAAGAAGGCACCUACUCGCACACUCAAGAACAGCGCUGAAAUGCCUGACGAAAAGGUCAUGGCGGAAAUCACACUAAGUACAGUGGGAGUGGACAAACUUGUCAAAGAAUUUCUCACAGCACAAUCUUUGACAAUCUUGCCGCAGAACUCGUUUGGAGAUGCCGUGUCGCAAUUCGUCAACAAGGAUGACAAGCAUGCCAUGGAACAGUUCGUGAAUGAGAGCCUGAAAAACCAGCUCAAGCACUUGAUGGACGCGAACGAAGUCGACGAGUCCGAGAUCGCAAAUGAAAUGGAGCAGUACCGAUCGCGAUUAGAGGAUCUUUUUGCUUCGGGGCAGCUCAAGAAGACUCGCAAGUCCAAAACCAAACCAAAGCCAGUAACGUGGGACAGCGAAGAAGACGGGCCAUGGAACGACCAACCUGGAGCCCUGAUACGUUCAGACAACGAAGCUGAGAAGGACGAUGACGACCUGGGCUCUAUACCAACACGAAAACCUGCUGCGCGCGGCCGUGCAAAAGCUACAGGAGCCACUCGUCAAACGGCAGCGACGAAGAAGGCCGCUCCAGCUGCUAAGGGCACACGUGGCAAGAAGAAGGUUGUGGAGGAAGAGGAGGAAGAAGAUGAGGAUGGCGAUGCAAUCAUGAUUAGUGACGACGACGAAGAAAGCGCGGAAGACCUUUUCGUAAAGCCAGCGAAGAAGGCGCCUGCAAAGAAGGCGGCGCCAGCUGCAAAAGCACCAGCUAGGGUGAAGUCGCCUGUCAAGAAGACACCGGUACCUGCGCGGACGAGAGCGCCAGCAGUGAGCAAGCAGACUGCGUUGAACUUCUCCCAACCUUCCACACAACGCAGUCAGCCUACGCAAGGUACUGCGUCACGAAGAAAGAAGGCUGCUGAACCCAGCGAUGACGAGAUAUCCGAUGAUGACGAUGCAUUCGAGCCUGCGCCGACCACAAGGGCUGCCCGCAGGAGGCGUGUUAUUUUAGCUCGGCGUUGCGCGAAAAAUUCCAUCUGCAUGUUCGCGAUGUCUUCUGUAUCCUUCGUUCUCUUCCACCAUGUGUCGUGUCCUUCUGCUGGCAGUGCGCCUUCCUGGCUUGCGUCUGUUGCCAGUUCCAGGGCAGUUGCGUCCACCCGCCUCGAGCUUGACCUCCUCACGGGUAACGGAUCAUCCGUCAUGGCUCCCGCAUACAAGGUAGAAGAGCUGCUCGCCUUACGCGACUCGGUCUCUGAAUCGGCCGUGUCGUUGGACAAGUUUGCAGAUGAGGAUGUGAUCAAAGAACACGUCCUACGUCCUACCGCUUCUGCGCAAUUGAUCGGCCGCAGGUCCGAUAGAAGCCUACGAUCUUUCGUACCCAGGGCGGCUGCAUCCGAGGCGCCUCGCGAGGUCACGCCAGAAGUCGUUCCAGCGACUGCGCCUACAGCGACCUACAAGCGACCAUCGCCAUCUCCAUCGGUCAAGCGCGGCAAGGCGGAGAGACUUCUCAAAGAACACGGUAGCCCUCCCGGUUUGCGAGUGACAGCAGGUGGGCGUAUUGUGCCUGGAGAUCUUCCACCGCUAGGUGCUCGACCCAGCUUCAACAUCUACAACCCUCAAGCUCUACGCGCCGCGCCUGGCAACAUCAUGGCUGCGCAGUCACAGGUGUCUUCGAACAACAGAGCUCGCAUUGAGGUCGUCGGUGGUCAGCCUAUUGUUGUUGUUGGCGACCGUAUGUUCGCCCUUCCAGCAGUGAACAGCGGACCUACAAUGCCCCCAACGACACCAGUGGCCGAUGAGGCACUUGCCAAACAGGUCAAUGAGACUGCCCCUCUCUCAGCUCAGGGUGCUCUGCCUGGGCUGUCGUUCGGUCCAUCGCGCGCCAGCUCUCAGACACCGUUCACAGGACUGGACCUUCCAACGCUCAAGGCCCAGCAGGCAGUCAAAAAGCAAGAGCUUCGAACCGUUGAACAGACCGAGGUAUUGCAAUCCAAUCACCAAACCGAAACUUGGAGAGCUUCCAUGAUCGAGAAAAAGAGGGGCCUGAUCGUUGAGCUUGACGCGCUACGCAAGCAUAUCUCAGCCCUUGAGUCGGAUCCUGCGACCGCGAACCAACAGAAUGCUUCAACGAAUGCAGUCGGCGCGAUGGCGGCACCAGCUCCUCUCUCUUCGUUCAUGCCUCCAUACCAGCAGCCACUCGCUCAAUCCAUGUAUGGGUACCCUGCAACGAACCCGUACGCGCCAAUGAUGAUGUACCCACCGCCUUUCGGUACGUUCCCAGGCUUUCCGAGCGUGGAUCCAGCGCCGUUCGUUCCACCUCCUGUGAACCCACUCCCGCACUCUCCUGGAUCGAUCAAUCGACGCUCGCGUGCCAUCGAGAUCAAGCCACCACACGAGGAGUCCAAGAAGCAAGCAUCGUCUGCCCUAGACCCCAAGAGCCCAACAUACGAGCCGAAGAGCGGUUCAGUCAAGGACACUGUUCCUCCUACACCUUCGCCAAACAAGCGCUCGCCUUGGCGUCAACAAGAAGCUUCUCAGUCCGGUGCACAGCCAAGCCGCACGCUAUCCCACAAGCCUAGCCUAUCGAGCGUAGACACUACGGACUUCUUUCCCACAAACACUCAUGAGCAUUCAUCCACUCGAGUGGCUCCCACGACUAGUGCACCCCAGCCAACCCGGGAUGAGAACAGAAUCGUUCCGGCGACUCCAGAGAAGAGCUGGCCCGCGAGCCCUUGGAAUGAGGACAACACAAGCCGAUCGAGGAAUGACGAGCCGGCACCGAAGAUCGGAUCUUGGCCGGAGGCAUUUGGGAAGCCACAAUCCCUCUCACCUCUGAAGCAAGAAGCAUCCAACCAGUUUUCCGUGCCAGCACAGAACCGUGCUUUGCAGACGAGUAGCAGCCUGCACACUGCUUCCAGCAACACCAUGCUUACUCAAGACCACGCUCAACAGCGAACCGCGACAGAGGAGAUCUGGCCGUUCAACGUGCCCAAAGCCGUGGCACACAUUCCUUCCACCUAUCAAGAAGGCUUCCAAGCCGGUUACGACCAUGUCGGCAUGCCUGACAGCCCCGAAGUGUUGCAAGGAUACAUCCAAGGUCUGCUGACUUUCCUAGCCGAUUCUUUGAACAAUCGACGUAGCAGCGCGUCUGCUCGCGAUUCACGUCCACAGACUGCCGACUCUCGCACGCCAUCGCUACAUGGCCUUGUCGCUAAUUCUACCCCACACGACUCCGCCAUCAGCAUGACGUUCAGUCGCAAUGAGGCUCCAGUGGGCAGUCAAGAGAAUGUGCGUACCAGCCAGGGGAAUGGGACUAUGAGCUCUCGUCGAGACUCCGCCUACAGUCCACAAGGCACUAUUCGUAACGCUCCAGCCUCCUUUGCUCCGGGCAUCGAGUUCACGCAGGAGCCCCAUCAGCUCAACGAUCUGAGCGCGAAGUACCCCAACCCUACCGGCCUAUUCCCCGAGAGGAUGUCUAAUGGUUAUCGACACGUCUCAUCGUAUCCGAGUCCCGAGAAUGAGAUGAACAAGAUACUGGAGAAAGGUAGUGCACCCCGCUCGAAUUUGCAGGCGGCGAACAGUGGUUUCGGCCGUCAGUUCUCUGGCAACCAGUUCGCCAAUCGCACCAACGCCAACCCUCAGACGAUGCAGCGCUUCUACCCAGUUCACAAGGAAAUCGGCCCCAGCGGACACGGUGGAAACAGCAUAUCCGCAGCUCGGCCUUUCGCUAACAACCGCGUCUCAGGGCUAGAUGGUGCCAUGGAUGAUCUGGCUGACUUGGUGAUGGAGACGAGCGUCGAUGAUCGCCGUUCGCCUGUCGGUCGUCCCGCUCAAUCAACUGCUGCGCCCACGUCUGUCGAUGCCGAAGAGACGGGUGCGUCUUGCUUCAAGCCUUCCGGCGGAAAGGGCAAGCAGAGGAUGACUUCUUCGCCAACUAAGCUUACUGGGUCCGCACAAGACACGGCGGCAUCUUCGCCCGCUAAUGCACCAAGCUCGCCCAAGAAGUCUGGUGAACACUCUCCUGCUAAGGCGAAGCUUGAGCAAGUGACCAACAGGUUCAGGCGCUCGAAGAAGGAAGACCCUCGUGGCAUGUCCUCGGAGGAGAAGGUGAAGCGUUCGGAGAAGUGGAGGAGGCGUUUCGACCACAUCAAGCAGACCGAGAAGGCUGAGAUUGAGGAGUACCGCGAGGAGGAGAGUCGCAGAAACGGCGGCCGACGCUGA